AUGAGGCAACCGGCGCCCAUCCACUGGGUCGUCCAGGUUUGUCUAUUAUGGCUGUCAUUAUUAUCACCUUUCACUCUCGUCCGGGCUCUUGCGACUCCCGAUCAAUUGCUUGAGACUAGAGCCAACGUCAUCUCGACCACCUCGACCACCUCGCAGGGCGACGAUGGGAAAUUCCUCCUCCGGAUCCUACCCCUCGGCGCUUCCAUCACUUUGGGAUACAAAUCCACAGAUGGCAACGGCUACAGAGACUGGAUUCGACGACAACUACGAUACGAAGGAUGGCCCGUUGAAAUGGUCGGAAGUCGACGAAUGGGCACCAUGCGCGACAAUUUCAAUGAAGGCCAUAUCGGAUUCAGAAUCGACCAACUGCUGCCAAAAGCGGAGGAGGACUUUGCCAAACAACCGAAUCUCAUCCUCAUCAAUGCGGGCACAAACGAUGCGCUUCAAAACAACCGCAUCUACUCCGCCGGCACCCGGAUGAAUAUUCUUAUCGAAAAGCUUUUCGACAGCAUCGAAGGAACAACCAUUAUCCUAUCGACGCUACUUCCGAAUGGGAAAAAACCCGAACAGGUCGAAUCCAUCAACGAGCAACUCCGCAAUCUCGUCGCUUUUCGCCGUGCAAGGAACAACCGGAUCGUUCUCGCCGAUAUGAGCCAUUUUAUCAAAGUCGACGAGCUCGUGGACAGGGUUCAUCCGGAUGAUGCCGCUUACGAGAAGAUGGCAUCGGUUUGGUGGGCGGCUUUCCAAGUUGCGCAGCAGGAGGGCAUGCUGCAGAACUUCAACUACACAUCAACCAUGUUCAACAUGAAGAAACUCGACGACAACACCACCGACCCUAACCUCCCCGCGUAUUCUGCCCCGGAUCAGCCCUCGGUGGAUAACCGGAAUAAUGGUCAGCCGCCAUCCAUCAGACUCAAUGUCUGGAUGUUGGUCUUACAAGCUUUCACUGUUUACAUUGGCUUUUCCGUAUUGUACACAUAA